AUGACGGAGGCGCAUAGCAAGCAUGGAACAAUGCGGUCUGUCAUUUUUGAUGGCCAGCCGCUUAAUGUUAAUGUCCGCGAUGUCCCAAAGGCACAUAUCACCAGACAAACCGAUGCCGUGGUUCGGGUCACUUCAGCAGCUAUCUGUGGCUCCGACCUGCACAAUUACCACGGCGUCUCUGGCAGUUAUCAAGUGCCUUAUCCCAUUGGACACGAGGCCAUGGGUAUCGUCGAGGAAGCCGGAGCAGAAGUUAGUUCUGUGAAGGUCGGGGACCGGGUUAUUAUCCCUGACAUUCUUGAUGGCAUCGGGUUGGACACGAAAACCACAGCAGUGUUCGGAGAAGGCCCUCAAUUUGGUAAUCUAGGAGGUUGUCAAGCCGAGUUUGUGCGGGUUCCUCUUGCGGAAAAGUCCUUGAUUGUUCUCGACAAAGAAUUCGAUAACAUCUCCGAUAAGGAUCUCGUUGUUCUUUCAGACAUUUUCCCUACUGCCUGGGCGGGAGUAACCUGGUCGGGCUUUGAGGCCGGAGACAGGGUCGCUGUUUUUGGGGCCGGACCAGUGGGAUUACUUGCGGCGUAUUCAGCAAUCCUCCGUGGGGCCUCUCGUGUGUACUCUGUUGAUUCUGUUGGAGACCGACUGGAACUCGCGGCCUCCAUUGGAGCCAUUCCGAUCGACUUCACGAAAGGUGAACCGUCGGCGCAGAUUCUCGCCCGGGAGCCAAACGGCGUACAGCGCACUAUAGACUGUGUUGGAGAGGAAUGUCUCAAUGAGGACUUGAAGCCCGAACAGUCCUUUGUUAUCACACAGGCGACAAAGUGCACCAGCAUGGAUGGUGGCUUGGCAGUUAUUGGGGUAUACCUUGCUGAAGCGAGUUCCAAGGGGGUGCAACGAGGAAAUACCAUCUCACCAUCUAUAACCUUUCCUCUGACGCUCUUCUGGGGAAAAAACAUGACCAUUCGUGGUGGCUCAGUCCACAGCAAAUUAUAUGUUGAGCCACUGCUGGAACUUGUGAGAGUUGGCAGAGCUAAACCAGGCUUCACAUCCUUUGCCGAUGCGGACAUGAACCCACGUCCGUAUAUUCCGAUGUCUGAAUUUGUUCAGUAA